AUAUCGGUUUUUUUCUUUCAAGUUCCCCUCGUCCUAACGAAUCGGCGUCCAAGGGUCUAAGGGCUAUUUGACAUCACCGCUCCCACGUGUUCUGCAUCCAGCGGCGGCGGCGGCACCCGCCGUGACCCCGACCCUCCGCCCCCGGACUCGACUGGCAGCGCAGUCCCCCCAGCCUCGCACUGUUGUCGGAAGCGAGAGCCUGUGCUUAAAUACCGUACUCUUUUGCUGAACCAUUUGCAAAUAAGAAAUAAGGCCUCACUGGAGACAUUCAAGCAAAAGUUGGACAACUGCUUUUCCAGAACAGAAAGGAAAUUCAUGCAUCAGAAAAGGUGACUAAUAAAGGUACCGAAAGAAUAUGGCUGCACAAAUUCCAGAAUCUGACCAGAUAAAACAGUUUAAAGAAUUUCUUGGAACCUACAAUAAACUUACAGAAACCUGCUUUUUGGACUGUGUUAAAGACUUCACAACAAGAGAAGUAAAACCUGAAGAGACCACCUGUUCAGAACAUUGCUUACAGAAAUAUUUAAAAAUGACGCAAAGAAUAUCCAUGAGAUUUCAGGAAUAUCAUAUUCAGCAGAAUGAAGCCCUGGCAGCCAAAGCAGGACUCCUUGGCCAGCCACGAUAGAGACGUCCUGAUGGCUGGACUUUGCCUGAAAAGUUGCCAAUAGCUUUGCACUGGAAGUGAGGCUCCAUCUGAUAGAAUCCCCUGAAAGCAGUAGCCACCAUGUUAACCAUCUGUCAUGACUGUUUGGCAAAUGGAAACCAGUGGAGAAACAAAAUUGCUAUUUACCAGGGAUAAUCAAAAUAGAAGGUCUUAUUGUCCAAUCAAAAUGUAAGAUGCAACAUUUGUUGAGGCCUUAUGAUUCAGGAGCUUAGUCACUUGAUUAGAAAAAUAAACCAUUGUUUCUUCAA